CAGAUCAUUUUAGACGACUUCCGCAUUAUCAGAUAUAUAUGAACCGUCGCUUGUCUAAAACUUAGGCUGUUAACGCUGGCAAACUGCUUUGUCUUGUUGCUUUGUUAAGUGGGGUUAUUGACAUAAUUUCGGAUAUACCCCAUGUCUGGAUAAAGUUUCAGUAAAUGACAACUAAACAUGGGAUGACUGUAUUAUGGAAGAGCAAAUCACGAGUGAAUGUGAGAAUUUAUUUGAUCCGCUGCAGUCUGCAACAAAUGGGGAUAUACGGCGUGUCCACAUAGCAAAUAAUGAUGAAGCCACUGCUAAAUUGCCAUCAAGUACUGGUCCACAUAAAAACGAGGCAAAGCUGUCACUGUCAGAAUAUCAUACUGCCAGGUCAUUGAGUUCAUCAGGGGAGGAAAGUCCGCUCACAUCAAGUCAGGAAAAGACAACUCCUAAUAAUGCUGGAAAAGAGACUAAGAUAAGAGAAACGGAAACAUUCCCCACUACCAGUACCCCAAUAAGGCAGAACACAGAUUUGGAUACUGACUCUAGGGCUGUGGGAGUUUCGCCUGUGACUCGUAGGGGAACAGGAAGUACAAACACUACAUGUAGCACUGACUCUGGUGACCGUGCAGAGCGGAGGAAGAAAAGGGUCAGUUUUGUAGACCCACUUGAAGUUAGAGUGCCUCUAGUUGGAUAUGAAGUAAUGGAACAGAGAGCCAAAUUUACUGUGUUCAAACUUCAUGUACAUAAAGGUAACAAUGACAACUGGUUUGUGUUCCGACGUUACACUGAUUUUGUACAACUACAACAAAAGGUGAAAAAGCUAUUUCCAAUGUUCAGACUUCCAUUACCUCCAAAACGAUGGUUCAGAAACAACUUUGAAAAAGAGUUUGUAGAAGACAGAAUGCUUGGUCUUCAAGCCUUUGUAGACAGUAUCCUCUGUCAUUCAGGCCUAUGCAAUUGUAUUCCAGUUCAGGAGUUUUUCUGCUUCAGGGACCCUCCAGGACCACAUGACAGUGUGGAAGAAAGCAGGGCUUACUGUGAUGAACUGGAAGACGCUGUUUAUAGUCUCAAAAAAGAAAUACACGCCAAAGAUGUUGAGAUGGAAUUAUUGCGAGAAGAAUUGAGUCUGUUUAAAUCCCAGGUAGAAAUGCUCUCUAGAGCUCUCAGGGAAGCAAAUGCAAAUGGUGCUACAGUUGGAGUAACAGAGCCGUCCCCUGCACAGUCAUUGGCUGAAUGUGAUUUUAUGGCUCCAGAAGCUGACCAAUCAACACCUAUGUCUCUCAAAGAUGAGAUUAGCCAGUCAGAAGCAAUAAGCCAAAAACAAAAUGGCCGAUCAGAACUAGAUUCUGAAACUGAAGUAAAUACUAAAGGGAAAGGAAAUAUUUUCAAAAAGAAGGAAAAUGUGGCAAAAAGAUCUGGCAAUUUUAGGCUUCAUCUAAAUUAACCACUUGCCUUGUUUAGCUUUUGCUGAUAUUUAUUUUAUAUUUAGCUUUGCCUUAAUUUACAAUGUGAUAUUUAUAUGCCCCUGUUGAAGAAGAGCGGGUACAUAGUUUUGCUCAUGUUUGUCAUUCUGUUAGUUUGUUAGAUCAUUUGAGCCGUGCCAUAGGAAAACCAACAUAGUGGGUUUGCGACCAGCAUGGAUCCAGACCAGCCUGCGCAUCCGCACAGUCUGGUCAGGAUCCAUGCUGUUCGCUAACAGUUUCUCCAAAUCCAGUAGGCUUUAAAAGCGAACAGCAUGGAGCCUGACCAGACUGCGCGGAUGCGCAGGCUGGUCUGGAUCCAUGCUGGUCGCAAACCCACUAUGUUGGUUUUCCCAUGGCACGGCUCAUUUGGUUUCUGACCAAUAACUAGAGAUUGCUUGGACCUGCAGUCUUUGGACUUGAUAAGAUUGUUGCAUGUGGUCAGUAGAUGACAGUUUUACUUUGAGAGACAUUUUGUUCAAAAGCCAGUAUUUAAAUUCGCCCUAUUCUUUUCCAUUGAAAUUAUGGUAUUCAUUUUGUAUGAACAGCAAAACAAAAGGCACGAGAGCAAUGUUAACACUGCGUAGAGAUAAUGGGCCGCUGUUUUUGACAUCCUGCAUAUAGUCAAGGAGAGUGUUCUUUGGAUGACGUUGCAGUUGUUCCAUCUGGUGAAAAGAAUGGCCAGGAAGCUGAAUGGAAUGUUAAAUGCAACAACAUGUUUGAAAUUUAUAAUAUUAUCUUGUUUACAAAUGGAAAGGAAAUAUAAUGUAAAUAUAAGAAAUGAAACUUUUUUUUUCAUUGUUCAUGUGAAAUGAACGACAGAAUAGGAUCAGCAAAUUAAACAUGUUGAUCCUUUUCUGUCGUUAAUUUUGCAUAAACAUAAAAUAAAAUUCAUUUCUUAAAUGUCACACUGAUUUUUUAACAUGAAAAAAGUUUCUUUUCAGUAACUAAACUUUUGACUGCACAUUCCUCAAAUUUCAUGGAAUGAUUGCUUUUCCCGAAUUGAUUUUUUUGGUUAAUACAUCAAAGUUCAUAGUGACCUUUAGUCUGGCAGCAAUUUCAGAUCAAUAACAUCAGAAUGCUCCAGACUGUGGCCUUCUUGUGAUGAUUACAUAUGAUUGGUUGUUUACCCACCAAUUGUUUUGAUUGCAUAAAGGUUAAGGUCACAGUAUACCCAAGAUUAGAUACCAGAUACCUAUUAAAAAUAGCCCUUGUUUUACCAGUGUAAUGUAAAGUGUAGCUGCUGUUUGAAUAUUUGGUAAGCAUUUUGUUUAAUAUAUUUUAGGUGAGUAGAAAGCAUAAAAUUUGAAGUAAUUUCAAUGGUUGUGAUACAAAACUUAUUGUAACUGUUAUGAUGAAACAAUUUUAAAAAGAAUUACAGAUCAUUAAUUCUGUAUAUUGGAUACAUAAUUUAUUGGCUUUCAGAGAUCAUCUGUAAUAUUUAAUUUAUUGAUGACUGGUAUUAAUUAUACUGAACAAACAGUUAUUUUAAUGAGGCUAAAAGUUCCCGAUAUGAAAUGGAACUGGUUCACUUGGUAGAAUACCAAAUCAUUAAUAUUCAUGGGGGAUUAAUUUUUUUUGAUAUCAGUGUUUUAAAAAUCUAUCCUCGAAAUUAAAUUCCAACUAACAAGUAAAAUUCCCAUUCAUUUACAUAAGUUAAAAUCCAUGAAAUUAUAUCCCCAUGAAUCCGCCUUUUCGGCCAAAAUUAUGAAAAUUUGUAUUCACAAAAAUAUUUAUUUUCACAGUAUUAAUGAUAUACGGCAAACUUGUUAAAACAUAGGGCUAUUUAUAACAGUAAUAAAAAUGAAAAUUAAUUUUCUCAUGCUAGUCUUGUAAAUCCAUAUUAAAAUACAAUAUCCUCAAACUGACAGCUUUUAUGUUUAUGUAUUUUUUGUUUAUAUACGUGAGAGGAGGCUGAUUUCUGUAGUCCCUUUUUAUUGACACAAAUCAAUAUUUUAGUUAUAUAACUGUUUUUUAUGUUUGCAUCUUGAUUAUUUAUUCAAAAGUUUUGGCAAAGCAGAAGUCAUAGCUUUUGUGAAAUAUGGGGUAAAUGUGUCAGAUAAAUAUUACAAGGAGUUUUGGUGCAUUUGUAUAUUUUAUUAUGCCCCCCUUUGAAGAAGGAAGGGUAUAUUGUUUUGCAGAUGUCAGUCGAUCAGUAUGUCGGUCGGUCAGUAUGUAGACCAAUCAGUUUCCGUAUGAUAAUUCAAAAACCCUUGGGCCUAGGAUCAUGAAAGUUGAUAUUAAAGGAGGUUGGCCAUGACCAGCAGAUGAACCCCGUUUGAUUUUGAGACUAGUAGGUCAAAGGUGAUGAUCACAGUGACCUUGAACAGUUAAACCAUUUCCAGACAAUAACUUGAGAAUGCUUGUGCCUAGGAUCACGAAACUUAAAAGGAAGGUUGAGAUCAUGAACAGCAGAUAACCCCUAUUGAUUUUGAGGUCAGUAGGUCAGCGGUCAAGGUCACAGUGACCUGGAACAGUUAAACAGUUUCCAGACAAUAACUUGAUUGCUUGGGCCUAGAAUUGAAACUUAAUAGGGAGGUUGGUCAUGAACAGCAGAUGACCCCUAUUGAUUUUUAGAUCAGGAGGUCAAAGGUCAAGGUCACAGUGACCCAGAACAGUAGAACAUUUUUAGAAUGCUUGGGCCUAGGAUCAAGAAACUUAAUAGGGAUGUUGAUCAUGAACAGCAGAUAACCCGGGUAGAUUUUGAGAUCAGGAGGUCAAAGGUCAAGGUCAUAGUGAUACAAAACAUUUAAACUGUUUCCGGACGCUAACUUGAGAAUGCUUGGGCUUAGGAUCAUGAAUUUUAAGGUCAGUAGGUCAAAGGUCAAGGUCACAUUGACCCAGAACAGUAGAACGUUUUUUCCAAAUAACUAGAGAUUGCUCAUUUGAUACGGAGGUCACUUAUGACUGGUAAAUAAUCCAUAAUUAUUGAUUUGAGGUCAGUAGGUCAAACAUCCAUGUGCACAGUGACCAAAUUAUUUGUUUCUUGUGCAGUUGGUGAAUGCAUCAAGGUUGGCAUUUCGUGUUCUGCGAGCUCUUGUUGUCUUGUAAAUACCUACUUGCCAGCUACUGGGCCCUUAUUCAUCAAAGUUUUAUGUCUAAAAUUUAGACUUACACUUAAAACCUCUAAAAAUUCAAGUUGCCGUAACUUCCUUUGUAAUAAAUCUAUAUUGCAGAAACUCUGCUCAGCAUUUGAUUGUAGUACAUGCCUUACCCAAACCAAAUUUCAUUAAAUUCUGUACGAGAUUUGCAAAUAUAUGGCAAAAAAGUAAUUUUGUCAUUUAAAAGUCUUAAGUCUGUUUCAGGCUUAAAACAUUGAUGAAUACAGGCUCUGAUCUAACAUGACAUGCUAAAGAAAGUUUAUUUACUUAAAAAAAAAUGAUAUUAUUAGCUCACCUGAGCACAGUGUCCAUCGUCCGUCCGUCUGUCGUCAACAAUUUGACUGUUAACACUCUAGAGGUCACAUUUUUGGCCCAAUCUUAAUGAAACUUGGUCAGAAUGUUACCCUCAAUAAAAUCUUGGACGAGUUCGAUAUUGGGUCAUCUGGGGUCAAAAACUAGGUCACCAGGUCAAAUCAAAGGAGAAGCUUGUUAACACUCUAGAGGUCACAAUUUUGGCCAGUCUUAAUGAAACUUGGUCAGAAUGUUACCUUCUAUAAAAUCUUGGACGAAUUUGAUAUUGGGUCAUCUGGGGUCAAAAACUAGGUCACCAAGCCAAAUCAAAGGAAAACCUUGUAUACAUUCUAGAGGUCACAUUUUUGGCCCAAUCUUAAUGAAACUUGGUCAGAAUGUUACCCGUAAUAAAAUCUUGAACAAAUUUGUUAUUGGGUCAUCUGGGGUCAAAAACUAGGUCACCAGGUCAAAUCAAAGGAAAAACUUUUUAACACUCUAGAGGUCACAAUUUCGGUCAAUCUUAAUGAAACUUGAUCAGAGUGUUAUCCUCAAUAAAGUCUUGGACGAGUUCGAUAUUGGGUCAUCUGGGGUCAAAAACUAGGUCACCAGGUCAAAUCAAAGGAAAAACCUGUUAACACUGCAGAGGCCGCAUUUAUGACUGUAUCUUCAUGAAACUUGGUCAGAAUGUUAAUAUUGUACCUUAAGGUCCAGUUUGAAUCUGGGUUAUGUAGGAUCAAAAACUAGGUCACCAGGUCAAAUAAAAAAAAAAGCUAGUUUACACUGUAGAGGCCACAUUUAUGACCAUAUCUUAAUGAAACUUGGUCAAAAUGUUAAUCUUGAUGAUCUAUAGCUCAGGUUCAAAUCUAGGUUAGGUGGGGACAAAAACUAGGUCACCAGGUCAAAUCAAAGGAAAAGCUUGUUAA